AUUAUUUCAAUUACCAUAUCAACCAACCAUGAUCAUAGGGUCUACUAGAACAUAGAAUUCCAAUUUUACUCCUUGUCCUUCUCAAAACACUAUAAUAACCUUAACUUAAACGUUAAUACCGCCAUCCUUUCCAUAUUUAUUGUAAAGAGAAUUCUUUCAAAAAAAAAAAAAGAGUCAGUAGUAAAUCCCGCAAGAGUAGGUAAACACACAAUGACCUAAGACAACAAUAAAAUCCUCUUCAAUAAGACCUCCUCUCAAUUGUCAAAAUUAUACGCAUCUUUUCUUCAUUCUCUCUCUCUCCUCUUUUCUUUUUUAUUUUCUCUCUCCUCAUCUUUGCUGCUACUACUACUAAAACAACAAUAGUACUACUCAACUCCAGCUCAUUCAUAAUUUUAAGUUUAAUUUACAACAUUAGUACAACUUUCAACUUAACCAUAAACUACAGGUGUUCGUCUCCAAUUUAUUCCCUUUCAUAUUGUAAUAAAAUCUUCAUUAUUUUGAAUCUUUCCAUAAAAAAAAAUAUUGAAAAAAUGGAAGUUUUUAAAGGGAGUAGUCCUUUAAGAAAAUCCCCUCCUAAAAACUCUUCUUCUUCACCUUCUUCUACAAAUUCUCCAAAUAAUAGUGCUAAACAUAGUAGUAGUACAAGUAAUAGCAAUACUAAGAAGAAGAAAAAUAGUGUUGAAGAAGAAGAAAGACUUGGAUUACUUCAAAGUAGAAACGACCCAAUGAAUACUUCUUUCAACUCUGAUUUCUCUGUUAAAAUUGAACCUUCAGCUUCAACUUCUUCGUCUGCGGCUUCUGCUGGUGUUACCAUUGCUCCCGCCGUUGAACCCACCAAAUCUCCCCCACCCAGUAAUGCUGCCGCUGGUUCCGGACUAUGUCCGCCUAUUGUUCGUGGGUCGAGCUAUGAUUUCCAGAAUGACGCGUUUGCUGCUCAAGUUUCGACAAUGAAAAAACCCGUUAAAAUGAACAAUGAAGUGCAACAUCAAAAUAACGGCGGUGGUGGUGAUGAUGACGAUGAUUCAUCUUCGGGGGAGUUUGAUUUCCCGAAAGGAGAGGUGGAUUUGGAGAACCAAUGUUUAUCGCCGGUGAAUGAGAGUCCGAAUGAUUACGGGAGGAUUACGCCUCGAACGCACCAUCAUACGGUGUCGUUUAAAGAGAGUGAGCUGGUUCAGAAGAGGGUGAGUGAUGAUGGUGGGCGGAAUCAAAGCCAAACUAUGGCGGGGGUUAGCGGAAGAGAUGACGGAGAUCAGGUUGUUCAGUGUAGUGGGUCAAACGCAUCGUUUCAGCAGAAGAAACCUGGGUUAAUGAGGAUGAAGACUAAGUCCAGAUUAAUGGACCCACCUGAAGAUGAUAAAAGAUCUGGGAGAUUAAAUCGUUCUGGGUUUAUUGGAAAGAGUGAAGAAAUUGAAGAAGAUGAUCCAUUUGGUGAGGAUUUACCAGAAGAAUAUAAAAAAGGGAAGUUGAGUUUCUUUACUGUAUUGCAAUGGGUUAGUUUAGUGUUAAUUGUUGCUGCUUUAAUAUGUAGUCUUGUGAUUAAACGUUUUAGGGAUAAAGCUAUUUGGGAUAUGCAAUUAUGGAAGUGGUUUGUUAUGGGGUUAGUCUUAAUUUGUGGUGGGUUGGUUUCUGGGUGGUUGAUUCAUCUUGUUGUCUUCUUUAUUGAGCGUAAUUUCUUGCUUCGAAAGCGGGUUUUGUAUUUUGUUUAUGGAUUGAGGAGUUCUGUGCAGAAGUUUUUGUGGUUAGGGUGGGUUUUACUUGCUUGGAUUUUGAUUUUGGAUAAGAAGGUUGAGAAGGAGACUAGUAGUCAGGUUUUGCCUUAUGUUACAAAGAUUUUGAUCUGUUUUAUGGUGGCUACAUUGAUGUGGUUGAUUAAGACUUUGUUGCUUAAGGUGUUGGCUAUGAAUUUCCAUGUUACCGCCUUCUUUGAUAGGAUUCAGGACGCGUUGUUUAAUCAAUAUGUGAUUGAGACCUUGUCUGGACCGCCUUACCUUGAGAUUCAGCGUAUUCAGGAAGAGGAGGAGAGGGUUGUUUCGGAGGUUAAUAAGCUUCAGAAUGCUGGGGUUUAUAUCCCUCCUGAUCUUAGAGCGAGUUGUUUGCCUAAUGAAGGGAAACCGCCAGCAGGGAGUGGAAGGUCGAGUGCAAGUGCCUUGCAGAGAAGUCCUCGUAUUGGGAAGAGUCCUAGGAGUUCAGUGAUUGGGAAGAGUCCUAGGGCACCGUCAAACUCUAGGAGGGAAGAGGAAGAAAAGGAUGAUGGGAUUAGUAUUGAUCACUUGCACAGAUGGAAUCAGAAGAAUGUAUCUGCUUGGAAUAUGAAGAGGUUGAUGAAUAUUGUUCGUAAGGGGGCUCUGUCUACUCUUGACGAGCAGCUUGAUCCAAAUUUAGAGGAGGAUGACUCGGCAUUGCAUAUUCGUAGUGAGAAGGAAGCAAAAGCUGCUGCCAAGAGAGUAUUCACUAAUGUUGCUCCACCAGGUUCAAAAUAUAUACAAUUGGCGGACUUGAUGCGCUUUCUGAGGGAAGAUGAAGCACACAGGACAAUAAAUAUGUUUGAAGGAGCUCUUGAUGGUAAAGGGAUCAGCAAACGAUCACUUAAAAACUGGGUGGUUAAUGUGUUUAGAGAAAGAAGGGCUCUUGCAUUGUCCCUCAAUGACACAAAGACAGCUGUGAACAAGCUUCACCAUCUGGUGAAUAUUAUUGUCGGUAUUGCUGUUAUAAUUAUCUGGCUUCUGAUCCUAGGUGUCCCCGUUACUCACUUUCUGGUCUUUGUGAGCUCCCAAGUUGUUGUACUUGCCUUCAUGUUUGGUAACACUUGCAAGACAACAUUCGAAGCAAUCAUCUUUUUGUUUGUUAUGCAUCCUUUUGAUGUAGGUGAUCGUUGUGAAAUUGAAGGAGUCCAGAUGAUUGUGGAGGAGAUGAAUAUAUUGACUACCGUGUUUUUGAAAUAUGACAACCAUAAAAUCAUUUAUCCAAACAGUGUGCUAGCAACCAAGCCUAUCAGCAACUACUACCGAAGUCCAGAUAUGGGAGACUUCAUUGAUUUCUGCGUACACGUCUCAACUCCGGGGGAAAAGUUAUCUUUGAUGAAGGAAAGAAUAACAAGGUACAUUGACAACAAGUCAGAUCACUGGUACCCAGCGCCAAUGAUUGUAAUGAGGGAUGUGGAUGACAUGAACAAGAUAAAGUUUUCGCUUUGGGUAUCACAUAGGAUGAACCAUCAAGACAUGGGAGAGAGAUGGGUGAGGAGAUCCCUUCUUGUCGAGGAAAUGGUCAAGAUCUUCAAAGAUCUUGACAUUGAGUACCGCAUGUUGCCCAUGGACGUCAAUGUCAGAAACUUACCGCCUGUGGUAUCCGAUAGGGUUCCAUCUAACUGGGCUACUUGUGCAAGAUGAUGAGUUUUAUGGAACACGUCUGUGGAGAGCAGCUCUGUCAGUGCCUUUGGUUGACAUGCUAUAAUGCUACAUUGCUAGCAACACUAGGCGGAAUCAUGGGAAAGGUUGAGGAGAUUUUUUACUCCUUGCCUUUCCUGUGGCGCCAGUUUUCCCUGUAAGAACUGGCCAGAGUUGCGAAUCAUAAUGUAUAUUAUCAUCUUUAUUAGGUUUUGAUAACUCGAUUAGUAUUAUUCUAUUUUGUGCUUUA